UACAUAAGAAUAUAUAUUAUAAAAUCUUAAACCCUUUUUGUUAUAAGCCUCCAAUCUCUGUUUUUCCUUCCUCCCUUCUCUCGGCUGUUUAGCAUCGACUAAAAUGAAUCUCAACAACAUGAAAGUUCCUAAGAUGCCUGGAGGUGGAGCUCUUCCUGCUCUGCUUAAGAUUGGAAUUAUUGGUGGUCUUGGCGUCUAUGGAGUUGCGAACAGUCUCUACAAUGUUGAGGGAGGGCAUCGAGCUAUUGUUUUCAAUCGUAUAUCAGGCAUCAAAGAUAAGGUUUAUGCUGAGGGGACACACCUUAUGGUUCCAUGGUUUGAGAGGCCUAUCAUCUAUGAUGUUCGAGCAAGACCCCAUCUAGUUGAGAGCACUUCUGGUAGUGGUGAUCUCCAGAUGGUGAAGAUUGGGCUUCGAGUUCUCACUCGCCCUAAGGCAAAUCAGUUAACUGAAGUUUAUAGAACCCUUGGUGAGAACUAUAAUGAGAGGGUCCUGCCUUCAAUCAUUCAUGAAACUUUAAAAGCUGUGGUUGCUCGGUACAAUGCUAGCCAACUCAUUACUCAGAGAGAGAAUGUUAGUAAGGAAAUUCGGAAUAUAUUGACUGAAAGGGCAGCUUACUUCAAUAUUGAACUGGAUGAUGUGUCCAUUACAAGCCUGACUUUCGGGAAGGAAUUCACCGCUGCAAUUGAGGCCAAACAGGUGGCUGCACAAGAAGCUGAGAGAGCUAAAUUUAUUGUGGAAAAAGCUGAACAGGAUAAGAAAAGUGCUGUUAUCCGAGCACAGGGUGAAGCAAAGAGUGCCCAACUCAUUGGUCAAGCUAUUGCAAACAAUCCAGCAUUCAUCACAUUGAGGAAAAUUGAAGCUUCUAGAGAAAUUGCACAGACCAUUUCAAAUUCAGCCAACAAAGUCUUCUUGAAUUCAAAGGAUCUAUUGCUGAACCUUCAGGAGAUGAAUCUGGAAACCCAUCAAAAGUAAUUGCCAUGUUAAGUUGAAAACUUAGUUACUGCCCCUCGUCGGUUUGUUCCGUCGUGACAACUUUUAAUAACAUGAGUUUAUUUUGUCCAAGGAUUAGCGUUCAAACAUCACAUAUGUUCGAUUUAGGACUGUUCAGUUGAGGUACAAAAGGACUGUUGGAUGUAUGUUUUCCUAAUUUCCUCCAUUAUGGAUCAUCUAUAUUAUCUUCCUUAGUAGAUAUAUUUUCUUUGUCAUGAUUCACUGAAGUGGUAGGAACAAACUAGGCAAUUUUUUUUUGUUCAAA